CAGCGUGCUUAUUUGUUUGUUACUAAAGGCCUCGUUUGUGUUAGGAUGGGCAUUACAGCGUGUAUUGUCUUUUGCAGUUUCUCCCUGUUACAAACCCGGUCCUUCCUGUAACGGAACCGGGUUGAGUGUUGGCGCUGUUGCUGAGUGCCGAAGGUGGUGGUGUCGGUGUCCCCGGUGGUGGUGUCGUCUCCCGCGUGUAAACUAACAUGGCCUCAAUCGGUAUCCUCCUUUUUUUCACUGCCAUCUACAUCAGAACAGGAAAUACAAACGCAGGUUUUGUAAAUGUGGAAUGCCAGGCUGAAAAGGUGGGACAGUAUGGCCAGCAGUCACUGCUGCAGUGUGUUGUCAAAACCACACAAGACGUGGUAAACCCAGAAAUCCGGGUGGUCACUUGGACGAACGAGACCGAUCAUCCCUUACUGGUUUUUCACAAAGGGACAAGUAAACCCCAGCAAGGCUAUUCUUUUGCUGAGCCAUCCUGGAAUAAAAGAAACAUGAACGUAUCCCUGCUCAUCACCAACACUGCUGUAGAGCACGAGGGAGUUUAUAAAUGUACGGUGAUGACAGACAGCGGCGACGGCGAGGGCAGCACCAGCCUUAAGGUCACAGCCAAAUACAACAAACCAACUAUCCACUCCAACCCUGAGAACAUAACUCUUAAUACAAAUGUUACCCUGAUGUGCAAUUCUGAUGGUGGCUACCCAAAAGGUCAACUUCGCUGGUUCAAUGAGAACAACACAGAGUCGACAAACAGCUCUCCAAUGGAGGCAAAGCAGACAGAAAGUGGUCUGUUUAACCUCUCUAGCAAUCUGUCUUUGCUGAAAGGAUCCAUUUUCACCAACUACACCUGCAAAGUGUUCAAUGCCAGUGGAGACAAAGAGGAAGAGGCCACAUUUGAAGUACAAAAUCCCAUACCAGCGACACAGACGGAGGAAGAGUUGGGUCCAGCCUCCAAAAUAGUUGCUCCUGUGGUGGUCAUCGGAUCUCUGAUCGUAGGGUUGCUGUUGGCGCUGCUGAUCUAUAGAAUGCGAUCUCAACAGGCGCGGAGACACUCCACAACACCCCUUAUGAGUGACCAUCGUGAGCUCCCUAUAUGCGAUUACGAUGACGGUGAUCAUCAGGAGAGGGAUAAAACAUGCCAAGUCAGCCCGGUCUGAGGAGACACUGCAUGUCACAUGACACAUGCUAACGUACUGAAAUCAACACUUCCUUGUUUGUUAAUCUCCACUCUAUCUUUUGUACUUUCCCUAUUACACACAACAGUGUGUAUAUAACAGGAAUAAUAACUUGUACUACUGUGAUUAAUCUGAGGAACUGUAAGCGCUUCAUUCACCUCAACUUUCUAAGAAAAAUCUGAAGAAAGAUCUCUGAUUUUGAAACAGUGAUGAUGAACAACUAGAACGCAGGGGGUCCUGUUAAGGCCAUGUGACCUUUAAACGUUGACAACCACAUCGGGAGCUCAGUGUAACAUCACCGAAAACCACCUUAGUGAAUUUAGGAGGGCAGCAGAUCUUUGAUAUGUAUUGGUUAUUGGAGAAAAUGUUUUGUUUAAUUGUGCCCACGCAGUAACUGUAGCAUUUUGUAGCUUGGCAGGAAUGGCCCUCCUUUUCACUUCCUCUUGUCUAUUAUGUCAAUGUUCUGAAGAAAGUGUUGCACAAAAGGAAGUCAUAUUAUUAGGAUAGUUAGGAAGUUAUAUGUGUAUUCCAUGGAAAUGUAACAAAACACAAGACAAGCAUAAUACUACAUUUUUCUGUCAACUAAUCCCAUGAAAAGACCAAAAGCAGCAAUGUGCUAGCCCAUCUCAGGACUUUUUGUCUUUCCUACCGUCUGGGGCUCUCAGAUCCAGGACCAUUCGUUACUACUGACGACGUAAAUCGUUAAAAUGGGUUCCAAGCGUUAUGUGCAGUUUAACUUUUUGAAAAGCUUCAGUAAUUUCCCUAAACAGCUGGGCGCUAGCUUUUACUAAAAGUUUCUCAGGACUAAUUAGUGUAUUUGUUUAGAGCUCUUCUCAGUCCCACAAUAGUAAGAAUUUGUGGGAUGGACUCAUAAUAUACAUAUUUAAGGAGUGAGCCAAAGUUUAGACCAUCUUCUAGUCCCUAAAUUAACGAGAAGACAUGCGUCAGAAUAUGUCGGACUCAACUCAGCAGGUGACACUGAAUGAUUACAUUGUUUUGUGCAUUGUUUUUUGUUUUACGGUCUUUUAUCAGUGCAGCAGUAGGCUGUGCCAGUUUUUAGGGUGUUAACCACACUGGAGGUCUUUGGCGCAGAGGAAUAAUAUAUACUGGAGUGGCUACAAGGGCAAUAAACAGUAUGUUAGGAGAUGAGUUCAUAGUUGGUAGAAAAUCAGAAAAAGGAUAGAUUAUCGCCACCCUUUUCCUUUUAAGGGUCCUUAUUCAGAAGUUUGUCAUGGUUUUAGAGCACUUAUUAUUUCCUGUUUUAAGAAAAAUAAUAUCAACGAUUCUAACUUUGGUGUUAGCGUUCUCUGUCUGAGAACAUUCAGCCCCCAGCACAUUUCAUAUCCUUAUUCUAACCACUGAGAAAUGUCAUGAGCUGGAUGCUGGUUGCAUUUCUGUGUAUCACAUGAUCCUCACUUGUCAAGUUGUAUAAAAGCCAAAAACAUGUUUGUGUUCCUCUCCUCCUUGUGUUGUCAUCAAUGAAAACUGUGUUUAUGUAACUUCUGGCAGCCUUAUGCAACUUCAUU